AUGACUUCUUUCUCUCCCACAGGGAAGCCCCUUCUCCCCCCUCCCCAGAACGUGACGCUGCUCUCCCGGGACUUCGGUGUGUACCUGACAUGGCUCCCAGGGCCUGGCUACUCCCAGAACGUGACCUAUUUUGUGGCCUAUCAAAGUGCUGCGACCCCCAGACGGUGGAGAAAAGUGCAGAAGUGCAAAGGAACCAAAGAGCUGGUGUGUUCUUUGAUGUGCCUGGAGAAACAGGACCUGUACAACAAGUUCAAGGGGCGCGUAUGGGCGGCUUCUGCCAGCGCCAGGUCCCCCAUGGUGGAGUCCAAGUACCUGGACUACCUUUUUGAAGUGGAGCCAGCCCCACCCGCCCUGGUAGUCACUCGGACAGAGGAGGUCCUGAGCAUCAAUGCCACCUACGAGCUGCCCCACUGCAUGCCCCGACCGGAUCUGAAGUAUGAGGUGGAUUUCUGGAAGGAGGGAAUCAAGAACAAGACGCGAUUUCCAGUCACCUCCCACGGCCAGCCAGUGCAGAUCCCCCUGCAGCCGGCCGCCAGUGGCCACUACUGCCUCAGCGCCAGGACCAUCUACACCUUUGGUGAUCCUAAAUACAGCGAGUUCUCCAAGCCCACCUGCUUCUUCGUGGAUGCCCCCGGAGCCAGCUGGGCAUUCCUGGUGCUGCUACCACUUCUGCUUCCCCUGCUGUUGGUCAUUGCCAUAGGCUUUGUGAUCUGGAAGAACUUCAGAGAGAACCCCUGGUUUCAGCAGGCAAAGAUGCCAUGGGCCCUGGACUUUUCUGGAAACAGAUACCCCACGGCAACCCUUCAUCCCAGUGGUCCUGAGCCCCUGGAUACCUUGACCCUCUGUCCCCAAAAGGAACUGACCAGAAGGGUCCGGCCAAGCCCCAGAGUCAGGACCCCAGCCACCAUCCAGGCAGGACCAGAGAAGAACAGUGCUGAGGAGGAGGACGAUGAGGAGGACGCAGACAACAAUGUCAACUUUCAGACCUACCUUGAACCACCCUCCUUCCUAGGGCAGGAGCACCAGAUCCCGGGAAACUCUGCGGCAGGGGACACCUGGAGCCCUCCUGUCCAGGUCGAAGGCUGGUCUGCUACCGAUGCUUCAGACAGAAGCUGGGCCAGUGCGGGGGGCUCCUCCCCCUGGGAUGAGUCUGAGUCCUCUUGCUAUUUGGCCAAGAAGACACUAGGCCAAGGGCCAGGUGGGGACGAGUGUCAGGAGCCUCUCCCACUGCCUGAAUUCUCCAAGGACUUGAGUUUCCUGGAAGAUCCCUGGAAAGAUGACCUCUCCUCCUGGGUCAGCUGGGGCUCUUUCUCACCAGGGCUGGAUCUGCUCCCUGGGGAGCCCCCAGUUUCUCUCCACACACUGACCUUUUGCUGGGACAGCAACCCUGAAGAGGAAGAGGAGGAGGAGGAGGACGAAGAAGAAAGUGAAGAUGGAGGAGGAAGGGAAUCAGAAAUUGAGGAUGACAGUCCUGGCAGCUGGGGGGCCGGGAACCUACAGAAGGCUGAGGUCAGAGGUCGGACCCUGGGACAUUACAUGGCCAGGUGAGCCAUUCCCCAGCUCCGCCCCCCACCACAUCUGGUACCACUGAGCUUUCCUAGGACCGAGAUGCCACUGAGACUUGAGAGUCUGGGAGCAUCACCGCUGAGGACAUGGAGGGCUCUUGAAGCAUUUUGGAAACCCCAGGGUUGUUGUCAAUUGCCUUGAGCAGUAAGAAGCCACUGCAUCGUCUUUGACUCACCAGCUUUGGGCUGAGCUGCGGGAGGGGUGGAGACAAGAAUGGGCUGAGGUCAGAGGUUGGUUGGGUGUUCGUAUCACCCCCACUGCCUUUGGAGUAACAGGCCAGUUAGGAGAAUCACCCCUGAAUAGCAUGAAACUGGUGAAGUCAGGUCACAGUGGACACCAGAGGCUGUCCUGACACCACAUGGGGCCAUCUGGAUCUGGGGGGAGGGAAAUGGGAGCACAUCUUUGUCACUGUCAUGUCUUUCUCUGGCACCUGCCGAGCUCCCCCACCCACAGGUCUCAGCCUCCUAGUUCAUGAAUUGUCUUGGGUGGGCCCCAGUAAAGAAAGAUCUAGUAAGCAGGGGAUGUUGGAGAGGAAGGGAGAGGGUAGUCAUUAUUCAAAUCCCAGCCUCUGACUCAUAGAAUUACAUACCUUUUAUGAUCAGAUGACCUGGAUUCAAAUCCCAGCUCUGACGUUUACCAGUCAUGGGACCUUGGGUAACCCAACUUCCUUCACUCUACCUGGGUUUUCUCACCCGUUGCUGAGAGUCCCAAGAGAGAGACGUGUAGUGUGGUGCCUGGCACAUCACUGGUACUCUCUGCAUGGUGGCUGGUGGGCUUCUCCAUCCUCCCAGGCUCUGAGAAGACUCCUGGGCACCUCCCACCUGUGACCCCUAAACUCUGAGCAACUAACAUUCACCUUUUAGCGGGUCUCCCCUCCGAUCUACCUCCUGCCUUCUACCCUAACUUCCUCUCUCCUCUUGGUCAGGAAACUGCACUCUCAGAAGCCAGAGCCCAGCCAAGAGGGACCCUGACCCCUCUCCCCUUUCCCGGAAAAGAAGGAACCAAAGGAUCCACCUUCCAGGGGUCUGCUUUGUUGGGGUUGGGGUUGCAACCCGGCAGAGAAUUGGACUCUUGGGCUGUGAUCCCUGUCUUUGACAGCACUUUAGGCAGACUCCUUAAUUAUAAAGAAGUCCCAUUUUCCCUUCUAGUUGUAGAAGUUGCUAGAAGAUUCUAGAAGAUGCUAGAAGAAUCCAGCAUCUUCUAGCAGCGGGUAUGUUAAAGGUGAGGGAGAAGCAGUAAAGCAUCCCCCAAACUGAAAGGGCACUUCGAGACCAGGAGAUGAAGGAGGCCACUGCAUAGAGUUUAUGCACAGUUUUAUUCAGGGUAACUCACUGACGGGAGUAUUGGGUGGAGGGUAAUCCGUGCAGAGGCAUAGUUACUCUGUGCAAAAUCCAGGCCUCAGUCCGCAGGUAUAAUAGAGCCAGGGGACAUUCAGAAGGGCAUUGUGCUGAGAGCAGAGGGUUUGCACACACAGAGGGCUGGAUCACACCUCCUUGACAGCUAACUUAUCAUUAGAUCCUCUGGCACCACCUGUACGUCAGGAAGGGGAAAGUCUAUGUUAUCUCUAAAAGAUUCAUGGGAGGCCAAAACAAGCCUCCCACCCUCGUCCCGGCCCUGGUGGGCAUUUCUAAGAUGUGUGUAUGAAUCUCCAAGAGCCCAGAACACAUAGCCUCAAGAGAGGUCAUGGAGCGAACGUGAAAAAGAUGGAGGGCCAAAGAUGGAGUCAGUAUGGUCAGCGCCCCUACAAGGGGACUCUCCUUACCUGGGGGCUGGUGCUGGGUGUUCUCAAGCCACUGCCUUGGGAAUCCAUCCCUACCAGCAUAUGGGCAAGCAGAGCUGAGUCUGUACCCACAGGGACCAAGAUUUUUGUCAUUGUGUGGCUGGGCUCUGAACCAUCAUGGUUCUGUGACUUGGGCCCUGCCAUUUAACUGCCAGGACUUACAUUUCUCCAUUUCUGAAGAAAGCGUCUUCGUAGCCAUUUUUCCCAUGGAGCUGUGUUGUUUUGAAGGCAAUAUGAAGGUUGACUGUUACAUGAAAGAUCUAGAAAUGGGCAUCUGCUCCAGGGCUUCUCAAGCCAUGUUCCCAAACGGUUCUGGGUUUCAUGGAGGGAAUCCCAGUCGCAGGGGGAACCAUGGGCCAUAGGAUCCCCCACUUCAACCAGAGCAGCCUCCCUGAGCCCUAGUGUACCCCCAAGGUGUUCCGUGUGAGGGUGUUUAAGGGGUUCCAUGGCUCAAGAAGUCAG